AUGAUUGGUUUCAUCGGCACUAAAACUGUGGAACGGAAGCUUCAAAUUGUACAGGAAUUUAGUUUAUCUGAUUUCACAUUCGUGUGUCCCACUGAAAUCAUCGCGUUCAGUGACCAGGUGGAGGAGUUCAACAGUCGAAAUUGUCAAGUGAUCGCCUGUUCUACAGAUUCUCAAUACAGCCAUCUUGCAUGGAACAAUUUGGAUCGUAAAUCGGGUGGAUUGGGUCAGAUGAAAAUUCCUCUGUUGGCCGACCGCACACAGGAGAUCUCCAGAGCAUAUGGUGUAUUAGAUGAGGAGGAUGGCAAUGCAUUCAGAGGUUUAUUCAUCAUUGAUCCGAAGGGAAUUCUACGUCAAAUCACGAUCAAUGACAAGCCAGUUGGACGAUCUGUAGAUGAAACAUUACGACUACUGGACGCGUUCCAAUUUGUGGAGAAGCAUGGUGAAGUGUGUCCAGUGAACUGGAAACGUGGUGAUCAUGGGAUCAAAGUUAAUAAGAAAUAG